AUGCUGUGGGGAGAUGAUCCUGAAAAUGCUUACUUCAAGUAUAUGAUGGAACAAGAGGCUGAGGCCCGUGCCCUUGAGGGGAAGGAUCAAGACGACAGCCUAAUGGCAGAGAGCGCCCGACAGGAAUUACUGAACAACACGGGCUACGGAGGUGGAAACUCCUCCCUGGAAGACGAUACGACUCUGGGGCAUGGAAGCAAGGCCAUUGGGUGGGAGCCCUCGACAAUUGCAGGCGGUCCCUCGACAAUUGCAGGCGGUCAACUCUCCACAUUGACCCCCUCGCAUAACCCAUCUGGAUCACAGAAAGCGUAUGUAAAAAAUGGCCAACUCAUUAUCCCCAAUGUCAUUUACGUUCAAGAUGGCACUGAUCCGGACCCCCAGGCUCAGGCUCGUAACUGGAACAACAGCCCAAUAGAGAACUUCGUGGCGAACGACCCUGUAAGGAGCAAGUCUCCUACAAAUAACAAAUCCAAGAGAACAAAGGAAGUUCCAGAGCAACCCCGAAGAUCAUCCUCGCAUCGACAGAGUGGUGCAAGCAAAGCAGCAACCAAACAACUUGCAGAGGAAGGUGAAGGCGCCAUGAUGGAUGACAGGUACAAGUCAGGAUGGUAUACUCAUCGCCUCUUGAUUGGCUUCGCCUUGUUUUUCCUUGUCUUGACCACGGGGCUGGUAGCAGCGCUGAUUGUAUACCGCAACUAUUACGCCGACGAUGGCACGACCACCGACACCACAACCUCACCAGCAAGUCCUACGAGUACAUCGACUAGCUUGGGUGAGAUUGGGAACCCCCUUACUUGGUCUCCGUCUCCGUAUCCAACACCAUGGCCCACACGAUGGCCCACCACGAGUCCAACUGUGGGGAUUCCAACAAACUUGCGUCCUCACGUUCUUGCUAGAGGGCCGACGAGGCUGCCUACGUGGGCACCCACAGGUAUACCCACUUGGAUGCCCACUGGAGCACCAUCGUUCAAGCCCUUUACUGAUUCACCAACGAGGUCCCCGACUUCUGAUCCAAGCGCGGCCCCCACAGGUUCACCAACAAAAACUCCCACAGGUAUUCCCACUGGUAUCCCAACGGCUUAUCCAACCUUUCUACCAACAACGACGCCAACCGCUGUCCCAACUGGAUUUCCAACCUCGACGGAGCUGCCAAGCGCCAUCCCCAGUUUUAGACCAUCCAGAGAGCCGACAAUAUCUCCAACCAAACUAUCGUCCCCUCCGUCAUCCCCUCCUACAACCGAGCCUACACCUACUCUUUUUCUGCCUACUACAGCCGAGCCAACACCUACUCUUCUUCUGCCUACUGUAGACCCUUCUGUGGACAGCGACCAAAACACAACCAUUGUCAUUGUCUCUCCUGCCGAUGUUCCCACAACAACUCCAAGUGAUGCACCAACGACGACGGCGACAACGACGACACCUUCGAUUGCACCUGCGACAACUGUGCCUAUCACAUCUAGCCCUGUGACCAGGCCUCCGGUAGCUGGAGCUCCACCCGUAUCAAAACCAACCACCGCUCCAACCUCAUCAGGUUCUGUGGCGGAAACUACUUUACAGCCACUCUAA